UAAAAGUAUCUUUACAAUAUAUCUCAACCAAUUGAAAUAUACGAGAGCAAGAUGAGAAUUGAAAGUGCUAACGUAGUGCAACAAGUAACACCGGAAGCCCGAAAACAUUUUGAAAGACAUAUGACUAUCGUCACAAUGCAUACACACAACGAAAUACCCUAACUACCCCUAUUCCCUCUCUCUCUCUCUCUGUCUCUUUUUAUCUCUCUCAUCAUUUCCGAAUGACCACACUACCAAGCACCUAACCGUAUUCCCUCCCCCUCCCCCACCACCCACCAUGCCACCAAAUCUCCACCUCCUCCUAUCCACCGCCCUCCUCCUCUUAACUUCCCUACAUUUCGCGGCGCCGUCCGCCGCCGCACCCCUCCCCCACUUCCGCGAAGCCCCCGCAUUCCGCAACGGCAGAGAAUGCCCCCACCCCACAACCCCCGCCGCCUCAAUCCACAUCGCCAUGACCCUCGACGCCACCUACCUCCGCGGCUCCAUCGCGGCCGUUCUCUCCGUCCUCCACCACUCCACCUGCCCCGAAAACAUCUCCUUCCACUUCCUCACCCUCUCCUCCCCCCACCACCGCCCCAACCACCUCCUUAACACCAUCCUCACCACAUUCCCUUACCUCUCCUUCAACCUCUACCGCUUCGACCACAACCUCGUCAAGAACAAGAUAUCCCUCUCCGUCCGCCGCGCCCUCGACCAGCCCCUCAACUACGCCCGGAUCUACCUCGCCGACCUCCUCCCCUUCUCCGUCCGCCGAGUCAUCUACUUCGACUCCGAUUUAAUCGUCGUGGACGACGUGGGCAAGCUCUGGGGGAUCAAUCUGAACGGGAAGAUACUCGGGGCCCCGGAGUACUGCCACGCGAACUUCAGCUCGUAUUUUACCUCUGGGUUCUGGUCGAACCCGGUUUUCUCAGGGUUUUUUCGGGACCGGAGGCCGUGUUAUUUUAACACCGGGGUGAUGGUGAUCGAUCUUGAUAAGUGGAGGGAGGGGAGGUACACUGAGAAGCUCGAGGUUUGGAUGCGGAUUCAGAAGAAAUACAGAAUAUAUGAAUUGGGUUCGUUGCCUCCGUUCCUACUAGUUUUUGCCGGGAAUGUGGAACCAGUGGAGCACAGGUGGAACCAACACGGUCUAGGCGGGGACAACCUCGAAGGACUGUGUCGAGAUCUGCACCCUGGUCCGGUGAGCCUUCUCCACUGGAGUGGGAAAGGGAAGCCAUGGUUAAGAAUCGACUCCAAGAAGCCUUGUCCCUUGGAUAGCUUGUGGGCCCCCUACGACCUGUUCCUUCACGAGCCUUUGUUUUCAGACAGCUAAGGCCUUGCUAGGAUGAUGUGCACUGGAUCUGGAGGGACAACCUCUAUGGGUGCAGUGCAGAUCUCUCUUGCACAUAAUAGCCUCAAAUGAUCCGAGUUUUUCUUCAACUUUAAGAUAAUUAUUUGAUUUGUGUUUAAAAAAUCAACUCAACCAGAUAAAUCUCGUAAGUACGCGAUUCAAUAUUUUAAUUUUUCACCUGGAUUUUGAACAAACUUUGAAAGAAAACAAAGGUGCUAUGGGUACAGAUUUGGUAUCUUCUGUACCCGUGCUUACAUAUCAAUUUUAAACUUGUCUCGGGUUCAUAAAAAUGAACAGAGAUGCUCAUUUUGUGUGAAAUAUUUUGUUAGGAUCCCUGCUAAAAAUGAUUGCAAACGGAUGACGGUAGGGGCAUUUAUGGAACAUUUAAUUUUGUUCUAGAAUUCAAGUUUGAAUUUUGAAACAAAAUUGGAUGUCUCGUAAAUGUUCCCAUCAAUAUUCGAUUGAGCUAAUUUUUAGACGGACCCUUAAUGAAAUAUUUUAAUCUAAAUGAAUUGAGCGGCUCAAAUCAUAUUUUUGGGAUCCGAAACGGGUCAAAUAUCAAAUAUGUUCCCUUAUUUUGUUCUGUAAUUUAAACAACGAUGAUUACGAUAUGUGCAAGAGGGAUGUGUGGUACCCUGCCCGUAGUUUUAGCUGGAUUAAAAGCCCUGGAGACCACGGGUCUGUUUGGAAAAAGACGGAAAAGGACAAAAGGAAAAAGGAAUGUAACACGUUGAGGUGACGUGUUCGGAAGGGGUAGUAUCGGGAUUCCGGAGGUUUCAUUGGGGGUGUUUUGUAUGGUGGGGUGAAGACGCGGAGUUACUGUCGGUUAAAGGUGAAAUGGACGGACGUGAUUAACUAUGGGAAAGGUUUGUGAUGACGUUUGGGGUUGGCGGUGGUGACGUGGAUGAUGGGGAUUGGUGCAUUGUAUAAUGUAUAGUAGUAUCUAGCUGUGUACUAGUGUUUGGAUCUUGUGAAGAUUCGCUGAUGACUUUCAUGUAUAGCACUGUAUGGUAUAUUGGUAUGUUAUUCUUUUUCUUUUUGUUGGCUGGGCUGGGGAGGGGCCAAGACCAAGAUGUGCGUUAUAAAGUGGUGUGGUCACUUCUUUUGGCUUUGGAUUCUUUUGUAAUACUGGUCUCUCAUCCCUGUUGUUUGAGAAAUUUUUCGGUGGCGGGUGAGUAUAUCUCAUGUGGUAUUCGUUCGGUACAUUCGAGUUGUUCAAAAAUAUUUUGGACGAUUCGAAUUGAAACUCUCUCUCUUUUCACCCAAACACUUUCUCUCUUCUUUUUCUCUCUCCAAAUUCGAGUCAUCCAAAAACACAAUGGGCGACUUGAAUGUGCCAAGCGGGCACUAUGUGAUAUCCACCUAGCACUGAAAUUUUUUCCCUGUUCUAGAACGGAGCAGUAUAUUUGGAGCAAUUAUUUUGUUUUA